UGCGUCGGAAAGUCCCGCCCCUGCAGGAGCGCGCAACGCGGUUAGAGGACGUGACCUGGCCACCAUUGGCUGAACCGCAUAGUAUUUUGGCAUGAGGGAGCGGGCCUUGAGCACUCCGAUUGGAGCUAAGACCUGCUCGUCUGCGUGCAUCUGGGGUCAGCAACUGCCCCGGAGGCUCAGCGUUCGGUUCCCAGGUCUUUCCCAUUCCAUCCCCAGGCGGGUCGGGGUCCGGGCCCAAGCUGUCCUGGUGCCUUCGCCGGUUGGUGCGCUGAAGCAGCGACGCAGGCAGACAGACAUGGCAGAGUUCUCCCAGAAACGGGGGAAGCGGCACGAUGACGACAUGCUGGGCAGUGCUGUGGACUUCCUCCUGGCCAAUGCCCGCCUGGUGCUGGGCGUGGGCGGGGCUGCCGUGCUGGGUAUUGCCACUCUAGCUGUGAAGCGGCUCAUUGACAGGGCCACCAGCCCUCGGGAUGAGGACGACACCAAAGGGGACACCACAUGCCUGGAAGACAGCUGGAAGGAACUGAACCUGCUCAAGGCAACUCCAUGCCUACAGUCCCGGUCCCCACCUGCUGCCCUUAGCCAGUCUGUGCUGCUCCCAGCCCCCUUGCCCUCUGCCCCAGAGGGGCCCACAGAUGCUGACCCUCAGCCAUCGCCUCAGCUUAGCUCCCCAGCACCAUUGUGCCUGACGUUCCAGGAGAAGCUGCUGGUGUUCGAGCGGGACCACGUGGCCAUCCCAGUGUCCCACGUGGCUCUGGCCAAACAGCUGGCCGGCGACAUUGCCCUGGAGCUUCAGGCCUAUUUGCAGAGCAAGUUCCCUGAACUGCCCUUUCGGGCGCUUAUCCCUGGGGGGCCGCUCUAUGACGGCCUGCAGGCAGGGGCUUCUUCCUACCACGUUCGCCUCCUGGCACCCCUGGUGCUGGAGCCAGGCCUGUGGAGCCUGGUGCCAGGCGUAGACACUGUGGCCAGGGACCCUCGCUGCUGGGCUGUGCGCAGGACUCAGCUUGAGUUCUGCCCCCGUGGAAGCAGCCCCUGGGACCGCUUCCUGGUGGGUGGCUACCUUUCUUCCCGUGUCCUGUUGGAACUGCUCCGCAAGGCCCUGGCUGCCUCCAUCAACUGGCCAGCUAUUGGCAGCCUUCUCGGGUGCCUGAUCCGGCCCAGUGUGGCUUCAGAGGAGCUGCUGCUCGAGGUGCAGCACGAGCACCUGGAGCUCACUGUGGCUGUGCUGCUGGCUGUCACUGAUGCUGAUGCCGAAGACUGCCUCCUUUUGGCCUGGCCCCUGGAAGGGCUGGCUGGGAACCUCUGGCUGCAGGAUUUGUACCCGGCAGAGGCCGCCCGGCUGCAAGCUCUGGAUAACCAUGAUGUUGGGACCCGGCGGCGGCUGCUGUUGCUGCUGUGUAGUGUCUGCCAAGGCCACCCAGCCCUGAGGCGGCUGGGCCGGGCCCACCUGACCCAGGUGGUUCUACAUCUUGGGGAAGAGGAGGUGGACUGGGCCGAGGAGGCCUUGGGGGAGCGCUUCCUGCAGGCCUUGGAGCUGCUCAUCAGUAGCCUGGAGCGGGCCAGCCUACCCUGCCGUUUCAACCCCAACAUAAACCUCUUUGACAGCCUGUGUGAGGAGGAGAUUGAUGACAUUGGAUACGCACUGUACCUCGGCCUUCAGGCCCCCAAGGGGCUGCUGCAGAUGGGUGGGACAGGCGGCCAGCAUGUGUUCUGAUGCCAUUAAGCUGCGCAUUUCUCCCUCCCAGGGAUUUGGAGAGCAUUUUUCUCUUUUAGUCAGAAUAAAAGAGGGUGCAUUAUGUAAGCCCAUGGGGUUAACAUGUGCAUAGGCGACAGUCGCUGGAACCCUCUGAGCCAAGAGAGCUGAGGUUGCUGUCAUGUGAGUGUGGCUGGACUGCCUCAGGCAGCCCCGUGUGCCUCCCCCUCACAUACACCCCUCAGCCUUCUGGACCCGACCCCAGGACCUUGGGCUUGCUCCAUCACCAGCAGUGAAUCUGCUGACAGAACUUGGCUUCUGCCAGCCUAGGCAGGGCAUAAGGCCAGCUCCGUUUUUCUGUUGAGAGGGUGAGUUGGUGCUUCCCUCAGGUGCCAGCUCCAGGCAUCUCGAGGCCUCUGGUACUGAAUGGUAGAUACCAUGUGUGUGUUCACCCCCAGGGACCGCAGAUGCUACCCACAGAAUGCAGCUUUUUGGCUGACUUAAAGGCUGGCGUUUUCCAGUGUCAUCAGUGGUCUAGUUUGCUUGUCGAGCUCUCUCCUCCAGCCUGGAGUGGAGCUCAGCCUGAUGUGCUGCCCACCUCACACCUCCGGGGAAGGCCCUUUUCCCUUCAACUAGGCGAGUCCUCUCUUCAGGCAGUGGAGGCCCCUGGUGGAGCCGAGGUUCUGUUCCCCCUGCCUUGCCCAGAGCCAAAGGGAUCCUGACAGCUGUUACUGGGCCCGGCUGGAGAGGCCUCCGCAGUGCCAACACGAACUGUCCUCAGACUAUGCUGUAUUCUCACUGAAGCCUGGCAGAGGUAGUGGAGCUAGGGAAGGGAGGGCCUGCCUCCCUCCUAGGUGUCCCUCCUAAUCUUGGUAUCCUUCCUGCUGAAGCAGAGCUGUGCCUCAAGGACUGUGAACAAGAAUAAAAGGAAAAAUGCAAAUGUC